GCCCCUAUCUAUUUUUCUCCUUUCUUUCAGUGGAAGCCUGAGGAUCAGCACACGGAGUGUUUUUGUACGAGUUCAUAAACUUUCUCACCGAGAAUUAAAAAAAAAUCUGAAAAAAAACAAAACAAACAAACAUACGAGUGACGAACGAGUUUCAUCUGUUGUGAAGGGAAAAAAAGAAGCAGAGACUAGAGAAAGGAGCAUUUGCCAAAAACAAAACCAGUGAUGAGUCGCAGUAUCGUGCGCCAGAGUAAGUUCCGGCAUGUUUUCGGUCAAGCUGCGAAGCCGGAGCAGGGUUACGAUGAUAUUCGGGUUUCCAAGGUGACGUGGGACAGCUCGUUCUGUGCAGUCAACCCCAAGUUCCUGGCAGUUAUAGUGGAGUCCAGUGGUGGAGGAGCCUUUUUGGUUUUGCCUCUUUCAAAGGUGGGACGAGUGGAUAAGAACUAUCCAAUGGUGGUGGGACACUCAGGUCCUGUCCUGGACAUUGACUGGUGUCCCCACAAUGACAACAUCCUGGCAAGCGGCUCUGAAGACACCACUGCCAUGGUGUGGCAGAUCCCAGACCACACUCUAGCUCGGCCCAUCAGCGAGCCCAUCGUGGUGCUGGAGGGCCACUCCAAACGCGUGGGCAUCGUCAGCUGGCACCCUACGGCCCGCAACAUCCUUCUCACUGCAGGCAGUGAUAAUCUGAUCAUAAUCUGGAACGUGGGCACCGGAGAGCCAUUGAUAACGAUGGAAGAUCACCCAGACCUCAUCUACAACGUCAGCUGGAAUCACAACGGAAGCCUGUUUUGCACAACCUGCAAAGAUCGGCGUCUUCGUGUUUGUGAUCCACGCAAGAGAGAGGUGGUGGCUGAGAGACUGGCACCACAUGAAGGCAUCAGGCCCAUGAGAGCCAUCUUCACCAGAGAGGGUAACAUCUUCACUACAGGCUUUACCAGGAUGAGCCAGAGGGAGCUCGGCCUCUGGGACCCGACAAAUUUCGAGGAACCUAUCGCUCUUCUGGAGCUGGACACAAGUAAUGGGGUCUUGUUGCCAUUUUAUGAUCCCGACACCAGCCUUGUAUAUCUGUGUGGUAAGGGAGAUAGCAGCAUUCGCUAUUUUGAGAUCACAGACGAGCCUCCCUAUGUGCAUUACCUCAGUACAUUCAGUAGCAAGGAGCCACAGCGAGGCAUGGGCUUCAUGCCCAAGAGAGGAGUUGAUGUGAGCAAGUGUGAGAUCGCCAGAUUAUACAAGCUUCACGAGAGGAAGUGUGAGCCUAUCAUGAUGACAGUCCCUAGAAAGUCAGAUCUGUUCCAGGACGACCUCUAUCCGAACACAGCAGGUCCAGACCCUGCACUGGAGCCUGAGGAGUGGUUGGAGGGGCGAGAUGAAGACCCUAUCCUAGUCUCGCUGAAGGAUGGCUACAUUCCCCCGAAAAACAGAGAGCUGAAGGUGGCCAAGAAGAAUGUUCUGGACAGCAGGCCAGCACCACGCAGGAGCAUGUCAUCUGUCGAUGGGAGCACCUUGCCUCCUCAGUUGUUGGAAAAACUUAUAGAAGAGAUUCAGAGUCUGAAGGCUGCCGUUCUCUCUCAAGAAAAGCGAAUCUGUGACUUAGAGAAUAAGCUCUCCAAGUACACCAACGGCACUGUCUGAGCGAUUCAGUCAAGCACUAUCACCCCUGUACACACCGCCCAGCUACCCAGACCCCUUUAUAUAUGCACAUACAUAUUCUCCAUUAGCACAGCAUUCACCCAAGUGCAUUCAUGACUUCUCUUAAUGAGGCUAUGAGCAAUAGUUACAUUUUAAAUCGCUCUUACGAACGCCUUAUAUCGCUCCCAAUGUAUAAAGGGACGAUUAUCGCACAAACGCUAUACGAGUGCUAUACAAGUUCACGCCAGCUUUAAUAAAAAAAGGAUAUACACUCACCAGCCAACUUAAUAUGAACACACACAAGCCUUCACAUCCAAUCAGCCAAUCAUUUUCAGCAGCAAAGUGAAUAAAAUCAUAAAAUCACAGAUCGGAAAAUCACCGGUGGCGUUUCGGUGAGUCCGUGUCCAGCGUAUCCUCAGAUUCCUGUCCGCAGAUGAAGGAGUGGAACCGAAUGAGAGGACUUUCUUCUCACCGCGGUUGAAAAGAGUGGCUAUUUGAGUAAGGCAUUCACUAAAUUCCAGGGGUUUCGUUACCACGACGUAAAGUGGGCGUGUUUCCGGAGGGCUUGGAAAAACGCCGUCUUUCAAAAAAAUAAUAAAUGGCAUACUACGAAGGACAAAACAGUCAUACAGGUAGAUUUAUUUUAGAAAACAAAUAAACAACCAAAAAACUACGGUUAUGGUUAGAUGAUCAAAUAGGCCACGCCUACCCGAUGACGCAAUAUCUGUUACGCUGUACUGAAAUCCCUGGAAAUAAGUGCACCCCAUUUGAGUAACUAUUCAAUCUGACUUCAUCGUGAAGUUGUUUCUUCCUUCAGAACCGCUGCUCGUCGGAUCGGCCGGUUAGAUAAUAGCAUGAACGUGCAGGUGUUCCUCUUGAGGGGUCUGGUGAGUCUAUAUUUGUGCAGGUUUUAAACAGGCAAUAGUCAAAUUCUCUGUAGGAACCAUAGCAAGAACACACUCACAUGCUAGACUUCACCCUGCAACCCUUCCUGGUUUGCGUGUUAACAGUGUGUUAGUUUGUGAAUUGGCAAAAUGACCAAACCGGAAUCAAAAUCGGAUUCGAAUAAAAUGAAUUGAAUGAAACGACGUGCAGCUCGUACGCAAUACACGGCUAACGGGAUCGUUUGCUCAGAAAUAGUCGUUCUCUUUUACAUCAUCAUUCACAAGUUAACAGCAGGUCUAUACCAGAAUCAGAACAAAAUUGUUCACAUAUUAAAUUGGACUUGUACUGUAUCCUACAUGUUCAGUACUAUUGUUAAAUAUUGUAUCGUUGCCUUAAGAAGUGAAUUUCUAUCUUACGGUACACCACGUGUAAGCCUGAGGUUUAUAGCCUUUAAUAAUCCUCAGGAACAGUGAGGUCUUCUCACUGUGGCUCCUACAGCGAUGGGUUAAAAACUGGCCAUUCCACUUGUCCAGCACCUACGCUCACUCGUCCAUGUUUGACCAACAUGAAAGAUCUAAUGGGCUCUGAAAAUGUAAAUAUUCUUUAAAAAAAAAAAAAAAAAGUGAGAUUUUAAAACCAAAGAAUAUAAAAAAAGUUGAGUUUUGUGUGUUCUAUAAAGGAUUUGUGAGAAUGAUGGUAUCAAUAAAAACAUCUUUUUUGUAAAAAAAAAACAAAACAAAACAAACAAAAAACUUCUUGUUCUUGCGCACACACACACACACACACACACACACACACAC